UGCAGAAUAUGUUUCAAAUAAGUAUUUUAUUGUUGUAAAAAAUUGUCAAUAUCAAGUUGUUAUCUUUUUUGGGUCACUGACAUAUCUGUUAGUUUUGUAAAUACAAAAUAAACAAGUGAAAGUUUACGUGACGGGUCACGUGCUUAAACCAGAGAUAGUUUUUUCCAUAAAAAUGAAUAAUUUGCUUUACAUAAAUGAGGAGACAGUCACAAAACUGCUAAACUGGGACUCCACGUUCAAGGCCAUCGAGACAGCACUGGAAUGCACUGCUAAAAACAGGGCCAUCCAGAGCCCCCGCACCUUCACCAAAUGCCCUAAAACCGACUCCAUACUCCUAACAAUGCCCGGCUAUCUUGAUAACGAUGCUUUCGGCGCUUUGGGGUGCAAAUUAGUUACGGCCACACCUAACAACGCCACUUUACCCCAACCCUUACCCACAAUAAACGCGCAUAUUAUGCUCUUUGAUGACGUCACGGGUGUCUUAAAGGCCGUCAUAGCGGGCACUGAAAUAACAAAAUGGCGAACCGCCGCCGCCUCUGCUGUGGCAACGAAAUAUUUAACACGUGGUAAAAAACUUAAAGUUUUGGCGAUUUUAGGGGCAGGUAACCAAGGCCACAGCCACGCUCUCGCCUUCAGUCACUUUUUCCCAUUCGAGGAGAUCCGGAUUUGGAACCGGAAUAAAUACAAGGCGGAAACGCUCGUUCGUGCCUUGAACUUGUUUGCAAACACGGGAAAGUUCAAAUGUUACGAGUCUAAUAAAGAGUGUGUCACGGGGGCUGACGUUAUCGUGACAGCGACGUUCGCGGCUCAGCCAAUCGUAGAGCGUGAUUGGCUCAAACCGGGCGUGCAUAUUAACGCGAUCGGAGCGGGUGUGAACCAUUACAGCGAGUUAUCGCCCGACAUUUACAACACUAGUGACGUUUAUGUCGAUCAUGCUGAAGGUGCAAAGGUCGAGUUGGCCGGUUUGGGAGUGAAGUUGGGGGAAAUUGGAGGAGUUAUUGCUGGAGACUUACCACCGCCUACACUUAAUCAAGUCACCGUGUUUCAAAGCUUGGGGAUGGCAGUCGAGGAUUGCGCGAUGGCGAGACUUAUUUACGACCUCUAUGUGAAACAGUGUCAAAAGGAAUGAUUUUUUGGUAUUUUUGUACAAAGUUCAGUUCGCCCACACUUAAGGGAAUCCAAUUAAGUCUCUUUGACCUUUGUAACAACAUCUUGCUUCUAAAUAAAUAUCGUUUCGAACACA